AUGAGGACCACGAGCUCCUUUGCCGAGACGAGGCAGCAGGUGGAGCUGGCACAGCGCGUGAGCCAGCAGGACGACGCAGCCUGGUUGCAGGAGCUGCAGCAAGGCGGCGGCGGCGGCGGCCCUUUGGCGGCAGGAAAACCUGGCCUGAAGCUGGUGGCUGGCCUGGACAUUAGCUUCUUCCCGGCUACCGAAGGCGGCGGCAGCAGCAGCGGCAGCGCCAGCGGCUGCGCAGAUGGCCCGAGCGCAGCUGCAGCCGGACGCGCGUGCAUAAGCGGCAGCGGCAGCGAUUCCAAAGGCCCAGCCUGCCAGGCGGGCUCAGCAGCCGCAUCGAGCGCCGCUCUCACCGCUGCCGCGCCAGCAGGCGACCGUGCGGUGGCGGCGCUGGCGGUGCUGGGCUACCCAGACCUGCAGCUGCUCCACCUGGAAGUGAUGGAGCUGCGCCUGGCGGUACCAUACCAGCCAGGACUGCUGGGAUUCCGGGAGGUGCCCGCAUACCUGGAGCUGCUGCGGCGGGCCGCCGCCAGAGGGGUGCGCCCUCAGCUGCUCCUGGUGGACGGCUUUGGCGUGCUGCACCCGCGGCGCUGCGGCAGCGCCAGCCACCUGGGCGUGCUCUCAGGCCUGCCCACGGUGGGCGUGGCCAAGCACCUGUUGCGGGUGGAGGGCCUGCUGCCGGAGAGGGCGGUGCGAGCGGCGGUGGCCGCAUCAGGAGCAGCAGGCGAGCCGGGGGCAGCGGCAGCGGGCGCAGCGUACGAUGCUUGCGAGCCGGAUGCGGCAGCUGGGGAGCCGCAGCAGCUGGCAGGGGAUUCCGAUUCAAGAGGGAGCCGCGCCAGCAGCUGGCUGCCGCUAGCGGGCGCGGGGGGCGAGGUGCUGGGCGCCGCAGUAUGUGCCGCGGGCGGCAGCAGCAGGCCCAUCUACGUGUCUGUGGGGCACCGCAUCAGCCUGCCCACUGCAGUGGAGGUGGUGAGGCGGUGCUGCCGCCACAGGGUGCCGGAGCCCAUCCGCCAGGCCGACCAGCAUUCUCGAGCCGAGGUGCAGCGCAGGCUGCAGCAGGCAGAGCCGCAGCAGCAGGCAGAGCCGCAGCAGCCGCCGGCGGCUGCCGCGGCGGCAGGCGUUAGCGGCAGGACGGGCCACACUGCCGCCUGA